AUGUAUUCCCAAUUCUGGCCCAAGGGCGGGCUACCUGGCCUUCUACACCAUUAUACAGAGAGCCUGAUUACUUUCGAGUACACUUCCAAUGCCAUUCGCCAACCCCACAGUCUUGUUUUCCUUGGAGGCCUAGGAGAUGGCCUAGCAACCACUUCCUACAUGGCCGACCUGGUCCAGGCGCUUCAGAAAACGGAAUGGUCUGUCUUCUCGUUGAAUCUCACAUCCUCAUACCAAUCUUGGGGUCUGGGGCAUCUCGACCGAGACACGAAUGAAAUCGCUCAAUGCCUCAACUACAUCAAAGACUACAAAUCGGAGAAAUAUGGCGCCGGAAAGAUUGUCCUAAUGGGUCACUCCACAGGGAGUCAAUGUGUGCUGCAUUACCUCUCCCAGCCAAACCCACAUACCAACACGCCGUCGUUCGAUUCGGGGCUUCAUCAUAUCAAACGCAUGCCCCUUGACGGGGCCAUCAUGCAGGCACCAGUUUCCGACCGAGAGGCUAUCUUCUGGGUCCUGACGCACGGAAUCGGAGGGAAGUCACCCAGCGAGAUCCGAGUGGUGUAUGAUAAAAUGGAAGCUUUGGCGAAGGAGGCUGCUCUAAGUGACAAUACAUUUGACACCAUGCUGCCUCUGUCGUUGACCAGCAAUAUCUAUCCUGGGAAUACUGCAAUCAGCUGCCGAAGAUUCCUAAGUCUGAUUAGUCUUAAUAGUCCUCACGCCCCGUCGGAGGAUGACCUGUUCAGUUCUGAUCUCAGUGACCAGCAACUGGGGAAAACAUUUGGCAUGGUUAAGGAACAAGGGCUGCUGAAGCACAAGUUGAUGGUUCUGUUUUCUGGGGCGGACCAGUCAGUACCGGACUGGGUUGAUAAGGAUAACUUGCUAAAGAGAUGGAAGAAUGCCACCAACGGCGGCAGUGGCUCCGACAUCUGGGAUGAUGACCACUCCGCAGUAAUACCUAAUGCCUCUCAUGCCCUGAGCAAUGACGACCAGGUUGAACCUCGAAAGUUCUUGGUUGAGAAGGUGCUCGGGUAUCUUGGAACCGCAUAG